CCUGGCGGCCAGACCACGCUGGUUACCGCAGCCUGGGCUGGCGGCUCUCCUGACGCCGGGACGCAACCGCCGGGGAGGCGGGUGCGCAAGCUACUCCUGGAGACCAGAGGCCCCUAGCUCUGCGCCCCAGCUCCCUGCUCACGCCCCUUCGCCCACUGGCGCUAUAGGCUUGAAGUACCCCGAAAGCCGACUUGGGCAGACGCCAGGGCUGCAGGUUCAAGACGCUCCGCCCCCUCCUUCCACUUGGAGCCACAAGCGCCUGCAGGAACCUUUCCACUCGGUCUUGGUCUGCUGAGGUUUUCGGAACUUUCCAGGCAAGGUCCAGCCAGGCCUUUGGCUUCCAACCAACGCGGCGCCUACCGCCUUCCUGGGACAUCCCCGUCUUGGGAGAUCCUGCUCACCCCCGGCACUGACGCCCCAACUUUUUACGCGCGGUCUGCGCCCCUUGACUGGGUGUCCGGCUCCGGUGCCAAGGGGCGCACGAACCUUUCGAGGGCGGGCAACGUCCCUAGCCUCUCGGCUCCCACUCCUCCUCUCCCGGGCGACUGUAAGGCUGGGCGAGCCCGGACCGAGGUGCACUUGAGCGUUCCCAGCGCUUGGGAUUCGUCCGCGCUUCAGAGCCGACCCUUGAAGAGGGAUUGAGUCCCGGAGGUCCAGAGCUUUUACUCCUCAAGUCGCUCUCCGUCUUUUCUCCCGAAACCCUCGUUCCCGUCGCAGAGCGGCCGGGCGAACAGCCAAGUCGAGGAUCGGGGCGAUCGGGGUCGCGUCGCCCCGUCGGUCGCUGAGCGCACCAUGGCCGGCUGCUGCUGCCUAUCGGCAGAGGAGAAAGAGUCGCAGCGCAUCAGCGCGGAGAUCGAGCGGCAGCUUCGCCGGGACAAGAAAGACGCGCGCCGUGAGCUCAAACUGCUGCUGCUGGGUACUGGUGAAAGUGGGAAAAGCACUUUUAUCAAGCAAAUGAGAAUUAUCCAUGGAUGUGGUUACAGCGAUGAAGACAGAAAGGGGUUCACGAAGCUGGUGUACCAAAAUAUAUUCACCGCCAUGCAAGCCAUGAUCAGAGCAAUGGACAACUUAAGGAUUCAAUACGUGUGUGAGCAGAAUAAGGAAAAUGCCCAGAUAAUCCGAGAAGUGGAAGUAGACAAGGUCUCUGCAUUAUCCAGGAGCCAGGUAGAGGCCAUCAAGCAGCUCUGGCAGGAUCCGGGAAUCCAGGAGUGUUACGACCGGAGGAGGGAAUACCAGCUAUCGGAUUCUGCCAAAUAUUACUUGACUGACAUUGACCGAAUUGCCAUGCCGUCAUUUGUGCCAACACAGCAAGAUGUGCUUCGUGUCCGAGUGCCCACCACUGGCAUCAUUGAGUAUCCUUUUGAUUUGGAAAACAUCAUCUUUCGGAUGGUAGAUGUUGGUGGCCAGCGAUCUGAAAGGCGGAAAUGGAUUCAUUGCUUUGAAAGCGUCACUUCCAUUAUUUUCUUGGUUGCUCUGAGCGAAUAUGACCAGGUCCUGGCUGAGUGUGACAAUGAGAAUCGCAUGGAAGAAAGCAAGGCCUUAUUUAAAACAAUUAUUACCUAUCCCUGGUUUCUGAACUCAUCUGUAAUUUUGUUCUUAAACAAGAAGGACCUUUUAGAAGAGAAAAUCAUGUACUCUCAUCUAAUUAGCUAUUUCCCAGAAUAUACAGGACCAAAGCAGGAUGUCAAAGCUGCCAGAGACUUUAUCCUGAAACUUUAUCAAGACCAGAAUCCUGACAAAGAGAAAGUCAUCUAUUCCCACUUCACAUGUGCCACAGAUACAGAGAAUAUCCGCUUUGUGUUUGCUGCCGUCAAAGACACAAUUCUUCAACUAAACCUGAGGGAAUUCAACCUAGUUUAAAAGCUGCUGCCCACUCCUCCCCCAUAACAGAAGACAAGAUUUACAAAUUUUUCUUCUUUUAUCUCCAAACGCUUCUGACAUCACCUGGCCUGGCCCACUGUGCCAGGCACUGAGUGUAUCAUGCAGACCACAGGGACAGAGAUGGAAGAUAUCUGAGUUAACCAAAACCUUUUUAAAGUUCUUUUCUUGACUUUUGGCUAUAAGAUUUUGUGUAGUUUUAGAAUUUGAUAUUUUAUAGAAUUUUUAAAAGCUACUGUGAUUUUUUUAAUUUUAAGAGUGUUUAAUAAUAACCAUUAAAAAAUCACGUAACAUAUUUUACCUAAAGAGGCCUGUUAAUUUAUAGAUCAUGCCUUAAGACCUCUAGAGGAUUAAUUUAGGUGAUUUUUUUUUUUUAAAGGCUGUUAAUGGGUUCAAAUCUUUUUGUUAAAUCUUGCUAUUUAGAGACAUUUCUAUAGGGUGUUUUUCUCCCCUCAUGAAGUAUGACUUCUUUAACAUGCCACCAGUCUUUUGAAAAUGUUUAUUCUUUUUGAAUGUUAACUUUGUAAGUCAGAAUAAUGAAUAUAUCCGUCUAAUUUUUUGUAACAAUUUGGUCACGUCAGGGCCAAAAGCUGACAUAUGGUGAAUGGGUUGAGGUAGCAAAUAUGCUAUCUUGUUGUAAAAUGUAUAUGUGUGUGUAUUCCACUGUAUAUGACAAGGUCUUGUAAACUUAUGAACUGGCUAAAAGUCCAAACUGUUUAACAAAUGUAACCCCUGCCAAAUCUAUGGCCACCACAGAUUUGCAGCUUGUACUAUGUAUGCUGUGCCUUUCUGAGAAAGCUAAGAAUAUACCAUUAUGCCAUUAGCACUGAAUUAUGUGUUUCUUUGAGCUCAUGGUUGAUGAUGGUCCUUCUCCUAAAGAGAAAAAUUCUAUUAUCUUCAUAGUUAAUAACUCAGAAACUUUACAAAAUUUCCUCCUUUUGAGGCAAGUCUGCAUUCUAUCAUCAUGUUAUUUUGGAGUUCCUUUAGUAUCAUCUGGCUUUGUAAAGCAAAGGCAGAAUCCCCUGGGAAGUGCAGAGUAUUUCAAACUAAAGGCCCAAGAUGGUUUUGUUUCUUCUUUUUAUUUGAAGGCAUACACAUUUUACCCCAUAUGCAUAAAUGUAUGUAUGUGUGUGUGUGUGUAUGUGUAUACACAAACACAUUGCUUGGGAUUUAAAGUUUGAUAUGGCUUAUCUCAAAUCAAUCUAUAAAUGCACCUGGAUUGUUAUGGAACAAUGUAUCAGCAUCCUAUAGCUGCAGUGUGCCUUUAUUAGCCAGGUGGUAGACUUGUCAGGUUCUCAUUCUGUUGAGAUAACUAACUCUAAAUGUGA